UUUGUAUAGGAAGGAGAUGUGAAAGACGGUGUGUCUUCAGCCGAUGAAUUCUUUCACCAGAAGAUCCUGCGGGUCUCGUCCGGCAUCGACGACCUCGGCCGCAUUGAGUGGCCGGUUGUUAUCGUGACCUUCGUGGUCUUCGUCUUCCUCUUUUUCUGCGUCUUCAAGGGGAUUAAGAUUCUGGGGAAAGUCGUGUGGUUCACAGCGAUUUUCCCGUUUGUCAUGCUGUUCAUUCUGCUGAUACGUGGGGUCACACUUCCGGGAGCCACGGAUGGAAUCUACUUCUACAUCUAUCCCGAGUUUAACAGACUUAAAGAGAUGAAGGUGUGGGCGGCAGCGGCCAUACAGAUCUUUUAUUCCUUGGGUCCCGGAUGGGGGUCGCUCAUCUGCUUCGGAUCCUACAACAAAUUCAACAAUCGGUGCACGAGAGACGCGCUCAUUGUCCCCGUCCUGAACAGCAGCACCUCCAUCCUGGCGGGAUUCGUCGUCUUCUCAGUGCUCGGCUUCAUGGCCAAGAGAGCUGGCGUUUCUAUUGAAGAACUUGCUGUUGCUGGCCCGUCCUUGGUGUUCGUCGUCUAUCCUGAGGCUUUAUCCCUGAUGCCGGUUUCUCCCUUGUGGUCCGUCCUUUUCUUCCUGAUGUUGUUCUUCCUGGGCAUCGACUCCUGCUUUGCUCAUAUAGAGACUCCAGUACUGUGCAUCUUAGACGAAUUUGCAGAGUUACGUGGUCGCAGAGGCUGGGUCACUUUCUUCAUAUGUUUCAUUUCCUUCUUGGCAACAAUCAUCUUUGGAACGGAUGGUGGGAUAUACUGGGUAACACUGGUUGACUGGUACUGUGCUUCGUUCACCGUUAUUGUUGUUUGUUUGUGCCAGAUAUGCAUAUUCAGCUACUUCUAUGGCGCUGGUCGAACUGUGCAGGACCUUCAGCUGAUGAUUGGACGACGCAUUGGCUACGGCUGGUGGGGCACUUGGCUGGUCGUCACUCCCCUUGUGCUCCUUGUAAGUACAGAGAGUAACUGGUUGUCAUUCUACUCGUGCUCCUCUGUAAAAGGUGCUGCAUCAUAA